AUGUUUUCAUUACAAAAGGGUUUCCAGGGACGAAAAGAUUCAACGUCACUGAUAGAAGCGGCUGCUUCGGGUCUUUGUAACAUUGUCAUAGUGCUGCUCAGGAACAAUUUCAAUGUGAAUGCAAGUUGUGAAAAUGGGGACACGGCGCUCAUGGUUGCCAGCGCGGGCGGUUAUGUUAAUGUGGUGAAUGCACUGCUAAGCCAUGGCGCCAACGUUAAGGAGCACAAUUUGAUUGAACAUACAUCGCUGAUGAAGGCCGCAUGUGCCGGCCAUGUGGAAGUAGCCAAGGUACUUGUCGAGCGUGGAGCCGGAAUCAACACCCGUUCCAAUGUGUACAACGAGGGUGCAUUGUCAGUGGCUAGCUAUAAGGGUCAUUUUGAUUCAUUGGUGCGUUUCCUACUGCAUGCCGGCGCCGAUCACUUGAACUUCACUCUUUCAGCGGCUUCAACAUAUGGCCAAGUGAAAAUAGCGCGAUUGUUACUAGACUCUGGAGCGCAAGUCAAUAUUUCCACAUAUCCACUGCCAUCGCCGCUCGCAAGUUCAAUUAACAAUGGUCACGUUGAGGUUGCCACUCUGCUCAUCGAGUUCAGUGCCAACAUUAAUGGGGCCAUUACAAAACUACACGUAUCUCAUGAUGGCAGCUUGCAAGGGGGCGCGAGAAUGGUGAACUUACUAUUGGAGCAAGGAGGAUGUGGAUGCAAAGAUAGAAAAGUGAGACACGGUGCUGAUGAUUGCCUGUAA